AUGUCCCAUGAAGAGUUCGGUGUGAUUUCAAAUUCCCGUUUAAUUUUUAUUUGCCAAUCAGUGAUAAAAAGUAAAUUUAGUUACGUUUACACGCAAGACUUUCCAUAUCGCACAAAUCAUAUUUUGGAAUGCGAGUUUUAUUUAUUAGAAAAUUUGGGUUGCUGUCUGAUUGUGUAUCAACCGUAUCGUCCGUUAUUGCAGCUAGUUCAAGAUAUGGGGCAAGAGGAUCAGUUAUUAACAUUUAGUUGGCGAAUUGUUAAUGAUUCGUUACGUACUGAUGUUUGUUUGUUGUAUCCAUCAUUCCAAAUUGCUAUAGCAGGCUUACAAAUCGCCUGUGUCAUAUUGCAAAAAGACUCGAUGAAGCAAUGGUUUGCUGAACUUAACGUUGAUUUGGACAAAGUUCAGGAAAUUGUACGCGCCAUUGUUAAUCUUUUCGAGUUAUGGAAAGAUUGGAAGGAAAAAGACGAAAUACAAAUACUCUUAGCGAAAAUACCGAAACCAAAACCUCUUUAUAAAAAAUUAACUGAUUUUAUUGCCGAUUAUUCAACAAUUUAUUCGAAAAAAGAUGUAUCUUAA